ACUUGCUAUUAACUCCAACAACAAAAAAAUGAUUCUACUACCACUAAUGCACUUCCCCAGAUUGCUUCUACUACACACACUCCCUCUCUCCCUCUCUCUCUGUCUCUAUAUUUAUAUAAUUAUAUGUUAAGCGUCUCUUUUAAUUUUUAAUUUUUUUUUGGUUAGAAUAGCUCUCCCACCAUAACCUAACUCCGAAUCUAACUUAUCUCAUUAUUAUAUAUGUAAUCACCAUUGCAAAUUAUUGUGUUCUUAGUACCGUUCUUAGGGUUUCUACAAAUCUCAGCGAUUGAAUUCUUCAGAAUUUUCAUUAGAAGAAGGUCAAGGACAGAGGGAUGGAAUUGGAGCAAUCACGGCCAGAUAAUCCGGCUAUGACCUUCGACGAGGUGUCCAUGGAGCGUAGCAAGUGCUUCGUCAAAGCCUUGCAGGAACUCAAGAACUUAAGGCCUCAACUUUACUCCGCUGCAGAGUAUUGUGAAAAGUCUUAUCUUCAUAGUGAACAGAAGGAGAUGGUAUUGGACAACCUAAAAGAUUAUGCUGUACGAGCCCUUGUCAAUGCUGUUGACCACCUUGGAACUGUAGCCUACAAAUUAACUGACCUCCUUGACCAACAAACCCUAGAUAUCUCAACCAUGGAGCUAAAAGUUUCAUGUUUAAAUCAGCAACUGCUAACGUGCCAAACAUACACGGAUAAAGAAGGUCUCAGGCAGCAGCAAUUGCUAGCAUUCAUACCGAGGCAUCACAAGCAUUACAUUUUGCCAAAUUCUGUCAACAAGAAGGUACACUUUAGCCCACACAUACAGUCAGAUGCUAGGCAAAGUCAUAUACAAACAAGACCACGUCUAUAUCCUUCAGGUACCCCUGCUGCCACUAGUCUGUCUUGGCAUUUAGCAUCAGAGACUAAAUCUACUUUGAAAGGGACUCCACAUGCUGUGACGAGCACUGAAGACACAAAAACUUCUGGGGUCUUCCAUUUGUUAGAAGCUGAAGAUAGUAAGCGGAUGAAAUCCUCAGCAGCUCAUCUUCAGGUGCCCAGUGGAGGACCUGCUUCUAAUGCAUUUAUGCAAACUUUAGGAGUCUCACGGAGGGAUUCUAUGGAAGGCUCCAAACCCUUAACAGCAUUUAGGUCGUUUGACAACCCAACUCGGCGUGAGAUUGUUCGUGCCCCUGCUCGCAGCAAGAGCAUGCUGUCAGCUUUCUUUGUAAAACAGAAGAACCCGAAAUUCAAGACCAGUCCUGUCUCAUGAAUCUGUAGCAAGCAAGUUAAAGAUGCCACCCAACAACCCUCCACCGUUCUGUGUGGGGGAAAGUUUCCAUUAAAUUUCUUUGCUUAUGGUUGAUGAACUUUCUUCUGUUCAUUUGUUUAUUACUUUCUGGAAGUCAAAUGAUCCUCUAUUCUCCAAUCCUUCGUUUGGCUGCUUAAUAAUGAGGAAGUACAUAGUAGUCUAGUAGGGAAAAAUCUGAGGAAUUAUCUGUCUGUCAAUGAUGCAUAAACUGCUUUGUGCAGAAGAUUCAAGUUGUAUGUUGAAUUAUGUGUUUCUGUUGUAUGUUUGUACAUUCCAACUAAUUUGGUGUUGUUAUUGUGACGUUGGGUUAUAUUGAAAAGGCCUUGAAAUGGUUCAAGCCAUGCAAUUUGUGUUGUUCACAACUAUCUUGGUUAUUAAUGCUUCAAUGAAACUUUGUGGAAUUGACAUUUUUCUA